GAUCCGAGAUGCUAACGUUUGCUGGACCGGGAAUAGCGCUCAUGCCCACGCAAAUUAUUACUUCAGGAAGCGUGCUCAAAUGAGGGGCUUGUUGACAAACUAACGAUAUCGCCAUGCGGAAGAUACCGUAUUUGAAAGACUAUAAAGGCUAUAUGUCCUCGUAAUGCCCAUCCGUGGUGGCAACGAAGUCCAUAAGGCACAUUGUGCGGACUGCUUUGGACAGAUUUUGACUUCAGGUAUAUGAGAUAUUGACGAUUGAAACCUGCCAAGAUGGGGAAGCUCAUUCCGAAUGCGUUCAAUCUGAUGGUUGUGAUUGCUGUCGCUCUUGGGAGCACAGCAUGUUCGUACGGUAUGGCUGUGAUCAGCUCCACGAUCGGCCAAACGCAGUUCUACAAGGACAUGCAUCUGGCAGCCCCAGGGGAGCCGGGAUAUGCGCACACUGCGAACCUGAUCGGCGCCAUGAACGGCCUGAACUCCGCGGGCUCAGCCUUUGGUGCAUUUUUCACCAUGUGGAGUGCUGACAAGUACGGACGUCUGCGUUCGAUCCAGGCCGGCGCGAUUGUGCUCAUCGUUGGUGCCGUCCUGUGUACCGCCUCCGUGGAUGUUGCUAUGUUUCUGGUCGCUCGGUUUAUUGCAGGCUUUGGUAUCGGUAUGCUUAUCACUGCCAUCCCAAUGUAUCAGGCCGAAGUGUCUACUCCGGAGUCGCGAGGGUUCAUGGUUUCCAUGCACGGCAUCAUGUUCGCUAUGGGAUACUCCCUGUCAGCCUGGAUUGGCUUUGGCUGCUUCUUUAUGACGCUUUCUGGUUCCAGCAGUAGCUUUGCAUGGAGAUUCCCGCUUGCCUUCCAGAACGUGCCGGCAUUGAUGCUACUGGUCUUUUCCAGGUGGCUACCGUUCUCUCCACGCUGGCUUUUGCAGCAGAAUCGUACAGAAGAAGCCCACGACGUGAUACGCAAAUUACAUCACACUCCGGGAGAUAUCCACGAAGAGCUUGCAACCAAGGAAUUCUUGCAGAUGAAGAAACAACUUGAACUCGAUAGGCAGAUCAAGUCGACCACAAGCCCACUUGAUAUAUUUAGAACACCAGCGAAUAGGAAGCGGUGUUGGGUAGGAUUUUCGCUCAUGUUUGGAAACCAGUUCACUGGAGUCUUGGUCAUCGCAAACUAUGGAGUUCUGUUGUAUGCCGCUCUCGGGAUGAAGACAUAUAUGCCGUUGCUUUUGUCCGCUCUCUGGGUCACGUCGUCCUUCCCAGGCAACAUCUUUACGGCCUUCUUCGUUGACAAGCUCGGUCGCCGAACAUUCCUCUUAACUGGUCUGACCGGCCUGACAAUAACUCUCAUUUUUGAAUGCGCGAUGCAGGCAUCUUUUCUCGGAACAACCAACACGGCCGGUCAGAAGGCUGCCAUCUUCUUCAUAUUUCUCUUUAUUGGUUUUUGGUCGACCUUCAUGGAUGCCUCCCAAUUCGUGUACCUCUCUGAGAUCUUCCCCACCCACAUUCGGUCUACUGGUGUCGGUAUCGGCAUGCUUGGGCUCUAUUUCGCCAGCAUCAUUCUCCUCGUCGCCGGCCCAAUCGCGCUGGACAAAAUCACUUGGAAGUUCUUCCUUGUGCUUAUCAUUCCGACCUUCUUGCAUCUGCUGAAUGUGUACUUUUUCUUCCCAGAGACAAAGCAGCGAUCACUCGAGGAUAUCAACGCCCAGUUCGGUGAGAAGGUCGCAGUCAGGUACUAUGGUGCGACCGAAGAGGAUGAGCUUGCUUACGCCAAGGCUAUUGAGGAGGAAGAUAGAGCUCAUGGGAUUCAGUCAGGCAAAGCCAUUGACGCUGAGAAGACGACAGUCACCCACAUCAACAAUGUGUGAUGUGUGAGAUUGUUCCUGCUUGUUGCGUGUUUGAUAUGUGGAUGAUGGAUGGAAGACAUCAAGUGCCAUAAUCGUGAUUCCAUUCUCGGCAUUAGAUGUUAUGAUCCUGCUCGAGUUGAAUUAUUGUCUUAGCGGGUAGUCUAUACGUGAGCGGCGCUUGCAAC